CAGCUCUCGCGAGAGCGGAGGUGGCUGACGCGCGGGAGGGCGGUCGCGUUGCGGGCGCGGGCGGGUGUGUUUGAAUCUGGUCCGAGCGCGGGAAGCCGCGGGUCCUGGAGGAGGUGAGCGCCGAGGGCGAGCCAGGUUGAAUAACAAGAGGACUUUAAGGUGAGAUCUUCUAAGAGAAAAGACCCUGUAGCAAGGGAGAGUUUUAGAAUUCCGCCACUGGGAAGGGGAUCAGCCUGUUUUCCUGUGGAAUUAACUCAGAUCUGCCUGUGCCAGCAUCUAGCUAAGAUACUGAAGAAGGAUAGAAGGUUUAAAAGCCAAAUGCCAUUUGAACAGUUUCAUCUGUCAUGGAAAAACGGGAGGCAUUUGUACAGGCAGUGUCUAAGGAGCUGGUUGGAGAGUUUUUGCAAUUUGUUCAACUUGAUAAAGAUGCCUCUGAUCCUUUCAGUCUGAAUGAGUUAUUAGAUGAAUUGUCAAGGAAACAAAAAGAAGAAUUAUGGCAAAGACUGAAGAAUUUAUUAACAGAAAUGUUGCUAGAAAGCCCAGUGGAUGGGUGGGAGAUAGUAGAAGUCCAGGCUGAAGAUAAUAUGGAAACGGAGCAAGGUCCAAAGAUGAAAAAAAACAUAGAAAUAAUUCAUGCAAUUACAUCUGUGAUUCUGGCUUCUAUCUCUGUAAUAAAUGAAAGUGAGAACUAUGAGGCCCUCCUGGAAUGUGCUGUCAUACUGAAUGGCAUUCUGUAUGCGCUGCCGGAAUCUGAGAGGAGCCUUCGGAGCUCCAUCCAAGCCCUGUGCGUCAGGUGGUGGGAGAAGGGCCUGCCUGCCAAGGAAGACAUGGGGAAGACGGCUUUUGUCAUGCUGCUGAGGAGGAGUCUGGAAACCAAAGCUGGUGCAGAUGUGUGUCGGCUCUGGCGUGUACAUCAGGCUUUAUAUUGCUUUGAUUAUGACUCAGAGGAGAGUAGAGAAAUUAAAGAUAUGCUGCUUGAGUGCUUCAUAAAUGUUAGUUACAUCAGGAAAGAAGAGGGAAGAAGAUUUCUUAGUUCUCUCUUCAAUUGGAAUAUAAACUUUAUUAAAAUGAUUCAUGGAACCAUUAAAAACCAGUUACAAGGAUUACAAAAAUCUUUGAUGGUGCACAUUGCAGAAAUUUAUUUCAGAGCUUGGAAAAAGGCUUCGGGAAAAAUAUUAGAGGCUAUUGAAAAUGACUGCAUCCAGGACUUGAUGUUCCAUGGCAUCCACCUUCCAAGGAGGUCUCCGGUGCACUCCAAAGUACGGGAGGUAUUGAGUUACUUUCAGCAUCAAAAGAAUGUUCGCCAGGGAGUGGAAGAGAUGCUGUAUAGAUUAUAUAAGCCCAUCCUUUGGAGAGGACUAAAGACCAGAAACUCUGAAGUUCGAUCAAAUGCUGCUUUGUUGUUCGUUGAGGCAUUUCCUGUUCGAGAUCCUAACUUCCAUGCUCAGGAGAUGGAUAGUGAAAUUCAGAAACAGUUUGAAGAACUGUAUAGCCUUCUAGAAGAUCCUUAUCCGAUGGUCCGUUCCACAGGAAUCCUUGGUGUUUGUAAAAUAACGUCCAAAUACUGGGAAAUGAUGCCCCCCACCAUUCUCAUUGACCUCCUGAAGAGAGUGACUGGGGAGCUGGCGUUUGAUACUAGCUCAGCUGACGUGCGUUGCUCUGUCUUUAAGUGUCUGCCGAUAAUUUUGGAUAACAAACUGAGCCACCCUUUAUUGGAACAGCUGUUGCCAGGACUCAGAUACAGUCUCCAUGACAACUCAGAGAAAGUGCGAGUGGCUUUUGUGGAUAUGCUGCUGAAAAUCAAAGCUGUGCGGGCUGCAAAGUUUUGGAAAAUAUGCCCCAUGGAGCACAUUUUGAUUCGUCUGGAAACGGAGUCUCGACCUGUAUCUCGGCGCCUGGUGAGCCUCAUCUUCAACUCCUUCCUGCCUGUGAACCAGCCAGAGGAGGUCUGGUGUGAGCGCUGUGUCACGCUGAUCCAGAUGAAUCCUGCAGCUGCCCGGAGGUUCUAUCAGUAUGCCCACGAGCACACCGCCUGUACCAACAUAGCAAAGCUGAUCCACGUUAUUCGCCACUGCUUGAACUCCUGUGUCCAGAGAGCAUUAAGAGAGCAUCAGGAGGACCAAGAGGAACGGGAGAAGGAGAAUGUGAGCGUUCUGGACAAAACACUGUCGGUAAAUGAUGUUGGGUCCAUGGCAGGUUUACUAGAAAUCAUUGUUAUUCUCUGGAAGAGCAUCCAUAGAAGUCUGGAAAAUAAUAAAGAGGCCAAAGUUUAUACUGUUAACAAGUUUGCUUCUGUGUUUCCAGAGUAUCUGAAAGUAUUUAAGGAUGAUCGCUGCAAGAUCCCUUUGCUCAUGCUGACGUCCUUCCUGCCAGCAUCUGCCGUCCCACCAUUCAGCUGUGGGGUGAUCUCCACCUUGAGGAGCCAGGAGGAGGGCACUGCAGACAAGAGCUACUGCACCUUGCUGGACUGCCUGUGCUCCUGGGGACAAGUGGGGCAUGUCCUGGAGCUCAUCGAUGACUGGCUGCCGGGGGAGCAGCCCCAGGCCAAGAAUAAGCGUAAAGUGCAGAUCCAGGACACAUGCCCAGUGAAGCCUGAAUUGGCCCUGGUUUACAUGGAGUACUUGCUAACCCAUCCAAAGAAUCGAGAGUGUCUGCUCUCCGCACCCCGGAGGAAACUCAGCCAACUUUUGAAAGCACUUGAGUUGUCAAAGGCAGACCUGGAGUCAUUUCUGCGGUCACCAGGUGGGAAGCCCCCAAACUUCAGUGAGUCUGCUGCCCUGCAAGCCUUCAGCCUCCACUGCCGGUUGAGCGUCCAUCUUGAGCACAAGUUCUCCUCAGAAGGGAAAGUCCAUCUAUCUGUCUUGGAAAACACUGGGUUUUGGUUAGAAAGCAAAGUUUUGUCUUUAAUUCAAGACCAAGAAGAAGAACACCUGAAGCUCCACAGGAUUGUCUAUCAGCAAAUCAUCCAGACCUACCUGACUGUGUGUAAAGAUGUUGUCAUGGUCGGCCUUGGAGAUCUAAAGUUUCAGAUACAGCUUCUGCAGCGGAGUCUUACAGUCAUGCAAACAGUAAAAGGAUUUUUUUAUGUGUCAUUACUUCUUGGCAUUCUGAAAGAGCUCACUGGAAGUUCCUUGAUUCAGGAAAGAGAUUCAGGUGAAGAAGUUCCAGUGCUGUUUGACACAGUCCAGAAAGUGUUUCAGAAAAUGUUGGAAUCCAUGGCACGGAGCUUCAAGAAGCAACCAGAAGAAGGCCUUCGGCUCCUUUAUUCUGUGCAGCUCCCCCUGCAUGAGUUCAUAACCACUGUGCAGACGUGGCACAAGGACAGUCCAGUCCACCGGGGCAUGCUUUCUACUCUGAUCGCGGCACCUGUGGUUGAGAUCAGCCACCAGCUGCGGAAGGUUUCUGAUGUAGAAGAGCUAACCCCACCAGAGUGUCUAGCUGACCUUCCACCAUUUUCAAGGUGUUUAAUAGGAAUAAUAAUGAAGUCUUCGAACGUGGUCAGGUCAUUUUUGAGUGAGUUAAAGGCAUGUGUGACAUCUGGCGAUAUUGAAGGCAUUGUUUGCCUUACUGCAGUUCUGCACAUUAUUUUGGUUAUUAACAAAGGUAAACACAGAAGUUCAGAAGUGAAGGAGGCUGCAGCCACUGUCCACAGAAAGCUAAAGACAUUCAUGGAGAUUACACUGGAAGAGGACAGCCUCGAAAGCACAUUACUCACCAAAAGGAUAUCCAGAGCAGAGGUGGCUGUGAGGAUCAGGCUCUGCGUCCAGUGGUCCCUCGAGCACUGUCACAAGGGCAGCUGUGCUGCUGAUGGCAGGAAGGAUGGGCAGUGGCCCAGAGAGCUAAUGCGAAGGAAACUCCCCAGAGGGUGUAAGACUUCAGUGAUUACCUUAUGUUGACUGACAGGUUUCUUUAUGAGUCAUCCAUGAGGACUUUGGGAGAACUUCUGAAUUCCUGACCAAGCCCCCAUCUUUGGAUAUGGAGAAGUGGGAAAAGGACUCACAAAAGUGAAAUGUGUGUGUGUUUUCCUGGUUAUUAAUGUUGAUAAUAGGGUAGGGUGAGAAGCGGGUAUGAGCUGAGAACUCAGAAGUUCCUGAAGGUUUGCUCAGUGCCUGCAUAGAUAAUGUAUUUCACAUAGAGGAUUCUAGGUGCCAAUGGUGCUGAAAUCCAUGGUGCAAAGAAACAAAAGGACACUUUUCCAACAAAUUUGGUUAUUUUAAAAAUGACUUUUUAUAUAUAUGCAAUAUUUCUUGCAGACAGUAAUAAAGCAAUGCUUCAUUUAAA